AUGGACUCUCGAAACGGUAACAACAUUGAGCUCACUCAAAGGGUGUAUGGGCAGCAGCACAGUACAGCGGCCUCACGUUUCGAGACCAACAACAAUGCUAAUAACGUAAUUUAUGCAUCGACCACUUUCUACACCUCUAAAGUGUACUUUUUGAUUCUCCUCAUCGUAGCCGAUUCAAUAGCAAAUGUUGGUUUUGACUACACUACCUCCCAAGCGGCUCUCAUCACAUACUUCACAUUGCAGGAUCAUCUCAUCGAGUUGCCAGGCACUCUUCUGGCCGUCCGCAUCCCUCGUAUGAUAUCAGCGUUUGAAGAGUUGGAGGAUACUGGUGGUUUACCGUUAACUAUUCACUCGAUGCUGUCAGUGUUGAUGUACACAGCAGUGUGCAGGUGA